ACAAAGAAUCUAUAUAGUUCGUGCAUCCUUUAACAAUCCUCGAGUGUGCUGAAUUCGAAUAGUGACAAUAUGAAGUUCCAAUUGAUCGCCCUUCUGGGCGUACUCGGCGUAGUGCUGGCGGAUCCCUCUCCCACUCUGGCACCGCCAAUCUUGCCAUGCGUUCACGCUACCACUGCUGGCUACUCGUAUCCCCCGCCGGCAGAGGUGAAGUUCUCCAUCUCGCCCGGGGUGACCAAGUACAGCCAGAGCCCUGCGGUUUCCACUUACUCGGAGAACGGCCAUCUUCUGCACACCUCGGUGGGCAGCGGGGGAACCUCCUAUGAGUCCACCGCCGGCAUCGAGGGCUUGUCCCACGGUGGAGUAACCCAAAUCAAUAAGUACAUAGCUCCGGUGCAGAAGGACCUGUUCACACCCUCGGCGGAGUAUGGAGCGGGUAUAACCUACGCGGAGAAGUCCCCGGCUGCCAAGUACGCCACCGUGGUGCCAUCCGGGAUAGAAAUCAAGAACCUGGUAUCGCCAGCUAUCACCAAAACCGUGCUAACGGCUCCCAAGUUGGACAACUCGUAUUUGCCACCGUCUCCGGGUUACACCAAAGUGGCCACGUACACCUCGCCAGGAUAUAGUUAUAGCUCAGCCACUCCCGGAAUAUCCAAGGUGGCCACAUACACAGCUCCGGCACCAUCAAGCGCUCCCUUCUAUGCCCCACCGGUGACCACGAAAGUGGAGACCUACAGCUCGCCCGGCUACACCUACUCCAAGGCCACUCCGGGCUAUUCCAAGGUGGAAACCUACAGCUCACCGGGCUAUAGCUACGGGCAGAUCUCGCCUGGAAUCUCCAAAUUAGCCACCUACUCGCCAUCGGUGGCAUAUGCAGCCCCAGCGAUUGCCAAGGUGUCCACCUACUCCGCUCCAGCUGUUAAGUUGGCCACCACUUCGUCGUUGCUGUCGGCCCAUGGAACCGGAUACUCCGCCAGCUAUGCUCCCUCCAUUACCAAAUACAGCCAGGCGGCGGACGUGUCCCAUCAGUACUUCUCAAAGCCAAUUGUGGCCGCAUACCCAGCAGCAGCUCCGGCUAUUGCUUCCUACUCCACUGGACCCGCGAUCACCAAGGUUGCCCAGGUGGCAAGCUAUGCCGCCCCAGCGGUGGCCAGCUAUGCCGCCCCAGCGGUGGCCACCUAUUCGUCCGCCCCAGCAAUCACCAAGCUCUCCACCAGCUACGGAGCCUCAGGAUCGGGAGCCAUCUCGCACCAGUAUGUGUCGAAGCCAGCGGUAGCUAUUUCAGCGGCGCCAGCAAUAGCCAAGGUAGCAACCUAUGCUGCUCCAGCCAUUUCCAGCUACUCCACUGGCCCAGCCAUUUCGAAGAUUGCCUCCUAUGCCACUCCGACAGUGUCCACCUAUACGUCGGCUCCAGUUGUGUCUAAGGUAGCAUCCGGUUACGGAGUAAGUGGAUCGGGCGCCGUGUCCCAUCAGUAUGUGUCCAAGCCGGCAGUGACCAUUUCAGCUGCUCCUGCCAUUGCCAAGGUGGCCACCUAUGCCGCUCCCGCCAUAUCCACUUACUCGGCCGCUCCAGUGGUUGCCAAGGUAGCCACCGGGUACGGAGGCAGUGGUUCCGGAUACAGUCACGGAGCCGUGUCCCAUCAGUAUGUGUCGAAGCCAGCGGUGGCCAUUUCAGCAGCGCCAGCGAUUGCCAAGGUUGCAACCUAUGCUGCUCCCGCCAUCUCCACGUAUGCCUCAGCUCCCGCUGUUACAAAGAUUGCAACGGGCUAUGGCCAUGGAGCCGUCUCCCAUCAGUACGUGUCCAAACCAGCCGUGGCCAUUUCAGCAGCUCCUGCCAUUGCCAAGGUGUCAACCUACGCUGCUCCUGCCAUCUCUACAUAUGCCACAGCUCCUGCAGUCUCCAAGGUAGCCACUUAUGCCGCUCCAGCCGUUACCACCUACUCCGCAGCUCCUGCUCUCACUAAGGUGGCCUACAGUCAGGCGGCAGACGUAUCCCACCAGUACAUUUCCAAGCCCAUAGUGGCCGCUUAUCCCGCAGCUGCGCCAGCUGUGGCCACGUACUCAUCCGCUCCGGCAGUCACUAAGAUUUCAUCGAGCUAUGGCGGAAGUGGGUCUGGAGCUGUCUCCCACCAGUAUGUGUCUAAGCCCGCUGUGGCCAUUUCAGCUGCUCCUGCCAUUGCCAAGGUGGCCACAUAUGCCGCUCCCGCCAUAUCCACUUAUUCAGCGGCACCAGUGGUGGCCAAGGUGGCCACUAGUUAUGGAGGAAGUGGCUUGGGAUACAGUUCGGCAAGAGCCGUCUCCCAUCAAUACGUCUCAAAGCCUGCGGUGGCCAUUUCAGCUGCUCCUGCCAUCGCCAAGGUGGCGACCUAUGCCGCUCCUGCCAUUUCCACCUACUCAGCUGCUCCCAGUCUUACCAAAAUUGCAACAAGCUAUGGGGGAUCUGGCCAUGGAGCCGUUUCCCACCAGUACGUAUCAAAGCCUGCCAUUGCAGUGGCUCCAGUGGCUCCGGUCCUGUCCAAGGCCUACUUGCCCGCGGCGCCGGUUCUCUCCAAGGCCUACUUGCCUGCUGCUCCGGCCAUCGCCUUGCCCACUAAAUUGGAUACAGGAUACGGAAUCAGCGGCUCAGGAGCAGUCUCCCACCAGUACGUAUCGAAGCCGGCGGUGGCCACCAUCUCAGCAGCUCCUGCCAUAGCCAAGGUGGCUACCUAUGCAGCUCCAGCCAUUUCCAGCUACUCCACUGGACCGGCCCUAUCGAAGAUUGCCUCCUAUGGAGCUCCUGCAAUUUCCACCAUCUCAGCUGCUCCGACCAUCGCCAAGGUAGCCACUGGAUACGGAUAUGGCCAUGGAUAUGGAGCUAGUGGAUCGGGGGCUGUUUCUCAUCAGUAUGUGUCCAAGCCCGCAGUGGCCAUUUCAGCAGCUCCUGCCAUAGCCAAGGUGGCCACAUACGCAGCUCCAGCUGUGAGUCACAUAUCCACUGGACACGCCAUCGCCGCCGCUCCCGCUUUGGCCACUUACUCAACCGGUCCAGCCAUCACGAAAGUGGCCACAGGGUAUGGGGGCAGUGGCUCCGGAUAUAGCUCGGGAGCUGUGUCCCAUCAGUAUGUGUCGAAGCCCGCUGUAGCCACCAUUGCAGCCGCUCCAGCGAUCGCCAAGGUGGCCGCCUAUGCCGCCCCAGCUGUGAGUCACUACAGCACGGGUCCUGCGGUCACUAAGAUCGCUUCUCCGGUCGGACUGGAACUGGGAACGGGUCUGGGUUAUGGGUCCAUUGGACAUGGCCACGGGGCCGCCUUGCUGGGUGCUCCUCUGACCAAGUUGACCUCGGCUCCGGCUUACAGCUUGGGAGGAAAGCUAGCCAGCAGCACCGCCUACGGAAUCCAUGCGGGUAAUUUGGGUGCUGCAGGACACGAUGGCGGCUACUAUGGAGCCAUUUCCCUGGGACACGCGGCGGUAUCGCCAGCCCUCAAUUAUCACGGUCUGCUGACCCAUGGGUCUGGUCUUGCCCCAGUCAGCUCCUCGCUCGCUCAUCUGGACUCCUCUCUGAGCGGAUACUCGCAUGGAGUAGGCGGCAUUGGGCCCCUAGGUGCCGGAUUCUACCGCUAUGCUCCCAGUGUGCCGGCAGUAAGCAGCCACGCCCCUGUGGCGGCCACCGCCUACCUGAAGUCAGCACCAGUGGCCCAGCCGGCCUUGCUGAAAGUGGUGCCCGAGAAGCAUCUGGAGCACUUUGAUGCCCAUCCACGCUAUGCCUUCGAGUAUGCCGUAAAUGAUCCCCACACGGGCGAUAACAAGCACCAAAAGGAGGAGCGCGACGGCGACGUGGUCAAGGGAGAGUACUCACUGGUGGAGCCCGAUGGAAAUGUGCGCACUGUGAAGUAUUACGCGGACUGGGAGACGGGCUUCCAUGCCGAGGUCAUCAACAGUCGCGAUCAGGGCAAAAUAGUGGCCAAACGUCAGGCAGCAGCCAAGUCGUGAGCUCCACACAGGUCGCAAUUGUUUGGUUCGUUCUGCAACUGUAAAUAGCCUCAAAUCCACAACCUUCUUCUCAUUAAACAUUAAACGUAUUUAUGUAAAUCCCCUCAAUGACGACGAUGCACCACAACCGCGAUGUCACACGGCCGCCAUGAUAUAUGCAAUAUCCAAACACCACCAACUAUACAACCGCCCCUCCACAUUUUGGAUCCCCGAUUCUGUGCUCAUGUGAUAAGCGUUUCUGCUUGCGCUGCUCUCAUCUCAAACUGCGCGCCCCCUACCAUGCCCGACUACUUGUACAUAAAGGAUUGCAUAUUGGUAUCUUGUAAAGUGUUAAUUUCAAAUAAACGACAUUUAAGAACGCCACAGUCGGGGAUGCUCGACACUGA